AUUAAAAGAUUCCACGCUUUCGACAAUUCCGGACUUGAACAAGAUGAGUUUAAAGAUUGUCUCGAUAAUUUACUGGAUUGCAAAGAAGCCUACGAAGAUCACUACGUCUGAAUCUUAAGAUGGGAAAUAAAGUGGCAAUAUUUACGGAAGAACAGCUCGAAGAUUACCAAGAUUGCACAUUCUUUACACGCAAAGAAAUUUUGAGAAUUCAUAAAAGAUUUCGAGAGAUAGGCGGUCCUGGUGUUGUGCCUCAAACAAUGACUCCUCAUGAAGCUUCAAAUUUGCGAUUACCAUUAUCAUGCUUGGAAAAAAUACAUGAACUAAAGGAAAAUCCCUUCAGGGAGCGGAUAUCGGAAGUUUUUACACAGUGUAGAGAUCCAGGACAUUCAGCCGACGAGGGCAUCUGCUUCGAGGAAUUCCUGGAGAUGAUGUCUGUAUUUUCCGAUCAGGCACCACGAGACCUAAAAGUACAUUAUGCCUUUAAAAUUUACGAUUUCGAUAAUGAUGGAGUGCUGGGUUUGAAUGAUUUGGAACAAACCUGCACACAAUUGGUUCGAGGUGGAUUAAGUUCUGAAGAAAUAGAUAUGAUUUGUGAAAAAGUUAUUGAGGAAAGUGAUAUUGACAGUGACGGUGCCCUAUCUUUUUUGGAAUUUGAACACGUUGUGACCAGAGCAGCGGAUUUCCUCUCGACUUUCCAUUUGCGAAUAUAACUGCAUUAUUCAUAAAAUGUAAAGUGAAAAGGCGUCUUUUUCACUGAAUGUAAAAUUUAUUUUUUCUGUCGCAUCUAUUUCCUAAAUUAUUAUUUUGAAAAUUAGAGUUGGCAGAUGUUUUUAUUAUGAAACGUUUUCUAAAUGAGAACAUUUAAGAAUGUAUUCGACGAUUUUUAAACGAAAUUGAGUUUUCUUUAAAAGUCAUACUUUAUUGUUUUUUUUUUCACCUAUGCAAGUUGAA